AUGGUCCCGCGCUCGCGCCCCCUGCGGCUUCUGCUCGCGGCGCUUGCCCUCGCCUCGUGCGCCGCCGCACCUGCGCCCGAGCCGCGCGCGCAACGCUCGGCGAACCUGAGCCACAUUACGGGCACGUCGCGUACAAUACAGAUGUUCCUCAAGAAUCGCUAUCUGCAGCUGAUGCCGGAUGGCACCGUCAACGGCACCACAGACGUCAGCAGCGUUUACACGAUACUUCAGCGUGCGACGUACAAGGUCGGCCUCCUGACGAUCCAGGGGGUGUCCACGUGCCUCUACCUCUGCAUGGAUGCCUGCGGGUUCCAGUACGCUAAUAAGGAUAUCUCGGACGACUGCGUGUUUGAGGAGCACAUCGAGGAGAACAACUACAACACGUACUCGCGCAUCCGCGGCGGCAAGAAGACGUUCCUGGCGCUGGACAACCGCGGGCGCGCGCGCCGCACGCAGAUCCCGGCCAGCCGGCCGCUCGGGAACCUGUCGUACUACGCGCUCACCAUGACGCGCCGCUGGGACGGGCCGCGCCCCGCGCACUGCCCGCCGCGCCGCCACCGUGGCAAGCUCAAGCGGCCGCCGCCCUUCCACCGGAACUGCCAACGCCGCGUGCAGAAGCAGAACCUGCGCAAGCGCAAGCACAAGAAAGCGAACGACCCGAAGAAGAAACAGCGGCACCCCAAGGCGCGCAGAAAACACGACAACUCGACGACCAGCACGACGGAGACGUGGGACGAGUCCACCAUGUCCACCAUGUCCACGACGGACGCGGAGUUUUUUCGGUCAGCCGCGCCGGAUGGGGGCCGCGCCUGAGCCUGCUCGCGUUGGGGGCUGCCGUGGCGCUCGCACACUAGCACCGUUCCACCCUACACGAGCCCGAAUCUCUCUAUCAUUCCCAUUCAACGCCGUUCCGCGACGAACGGCCCUUGAAAUUCACUCGCGUCGCUCUCUUAUACGAAAUACGAACGACCAAUAUUGCGACCGCCGCGAAGUAACCCACUUCGUCUUCAUUGUGAUGUGUAUCAAAUACUCAAUAUGAUGUCAAAUUCGAUACGUUUGACAGUAACGAAUGAUAUUAUACUACCAAAGCUGAAGUUAUCUAUCUCAAUUUGUAUUCCUAGUUCGCUUUAAAUCGUAGUUUUAUCGGCAAGAUUCCAAUUGUCUUAGU